CAGAAGGGAAGAUCGAGUGGCUAGCCCGCAGCAGCUGCGAGUUCUCCAACCAUGGCGCUCGCGCUGGCCUCUCCAAUGGCGUCCCUCUCCUUCCGCUCCGGGAGGAUCUCCGCGGCGGCUAUCGGCGGCGUCGCCCGCACUGGCAGGGCAGCCCCGGUGGGGGCCUCCGCCUCCCCGUUCCUCCGGAGCUCAUUCGUCUCGUCCUCCUCCACGUCGUCCGCCUCCGCCUCCCCCGCCUCGCUCUCGGCGGCGGUCUCAGCGUCGCUGGCCUUCACGUCCUCUUCCUCGUUCGCCGGUUCAUCUUUGGGAAUUGAGUUCAGCUACAAUAGAAUGACAACACGAAGAUCCCGUGGUCUGCAGAUUAGGGCUGGAAAGGCUGCCCUCUGCAUGACCAAGAGGUCAAGAUCUCGGAAGUCACUUGCCCGUACACAUGGUUUCCGCAGGCGGAUGCGGACUACUUCUGGAAGAAAGGUACUGAAGCGCAGGCGUGCCAAAGGCAGGAAGGUUCUCUGCACAAAGACAAACUCAAACAGUGGGAAGAAAAGAAUGUUCUGAUUGCACUGCAAUUUGAUGCACUUGCAACUGUAAGUGUACUUUCUACAUCCAAUCUUCUGAGCCGCUGUCUAUCUGUAACAAUCAUGUAGCAUCCUAUUUCUGUUUCUUUGUUUAAUACAUCUGAAUCACCUUCUCCACACAACUUCAAGUUACCCUUUUUGUAUGUCCCUGUUGUUAUGGUGCAAACGGAUAUUACGCUUUCUGCUUCCAAACGAGAUUUCGUCAUGAGCUAUUGACUAUGCCUGGAGGGCCUGAACUA